GAGGGUGCGGAGGUCGUGCCCUUGCAAGAUGGCGGCGGCGGGGCUCUGCCCGUGCCGGGCGCUGCUCGCCCGCCGCGGCGGGGCUCUGCGGGCGCUCUGCGGAUCCGUGCGGGGCCUCGCCGCGGGGCCGGAGACGCACUUCGGCUUCCAGACCGUGACGGAGGCGGAGAGGAGGGAGAAAAUUUACCAGGUCUUCGAAAGUGUGGCCAAGAAAUAUGAUGUAAUGAAUGAUUCAAUGACUUUAGGGAUUCAUCGAGUGUGGAAGGAUAUCCUCAUGCAUAAAAUGAACCCUUCCCCAGGAACACUUCUUCUUGAUGUUGCUGGAGGAACAGGUGACAUUGCCUUUCGAUUUAUUAAUUAUGUUCGCUCUGUACGAGAACGCCAGCUCCAGCGGAAGCUUAAGCACCAUCAGAAUUUAUCAUGGCAGGAAAUUUCUGAGAGUUACCAGGAAGACAAAUUUAAGUCACUAGGGGAUUCCCAAGUGGUGGUCUGUGACAUUAACAAAGAAAUGUUAAAAGUUGGGAAGCAGAAAGCACAGCAUCUGGGCUACUCCGAAGGUUUGUCCUGGGUGCUUGGGAAUGCUGAAGAGUUGCCCUUUGAUGAUGAUAAGUUUGAUGUUUACACAAUUGCCUUUGGAAUCCGAAAUGUAACUCGUAUUGAUUUGGCACUUCAGGAGGCCUAUCGUGUGCUGAAACCAGGAGGAAGAUUUCUCUGCCUUGAAUUUAGUCAUGUCAGCAACCCCCUUCUUUCCAGGCUCUAUGAUCUGUACAGUUUCCAGGUUAUCCCUGUUCUGGGUGAGGUUAUCGCUGGUGACUGGAAGUCUUACCAGUAUCUCGUGGAGAGUAUCCGACGUUUCCCCCCUCAGGAGGAGUUGAAGGCAAUGAUAGAAGAUGCAGGCUUUUUAAAAGUGGAUUAUCAGAAUUUAAACUCGGGCAUUGUUGCCAUUCACUCAGGUUUCAAACUGUGAGUCUGCUAUGUAGCAAAACACAGGAAGUGUACUUUUCCUGAGGAAGAUGAAAGCUGUGGAAUUUUAACGCUACCAAGAUUGAAGAGGAGUUUUAAGAACUUGUGCAACAGAUACUUGCUCAGCAGUCAGACCCAGAAGAACAUCAGCUACCUUUUUCCCUCCCAAGAUGGAUGCGAUUCCUGUGGCGUUUCUUACACUUGCAUUUCCCUUCAAGUGCAACGUAAAGGACAUGGCCAAAACUGAGCAAUGCUAACAAGUGAAGCAACUUCAGUUACCAGUGGUGUGGAUACAGAAAUAGACUGACUAGUCUUCAAAUAAGGUG